AUGUCCGCUCGUUCAGGCCACCAGGCAGGUCCUUCCAAGGUGACCAGCGCCAACACAAGCCGCUACGGUGUCACUCGCUCGGGACCAGGCCCCGUUAAUGCAGGCCGUGCUACUACAGGACCCUCGCGCACAGGAGCCCCUGAUGAUGGUCGUCCCAUUAAAGGUGGCCCUCGCGCUGGUCCUUCUCCCGUAGUGAAGUCUGGUGGAAAGCCCAGUCCCUCAGUUGCAGCGAAGCCCGGCGAAAGGUCGAAUGUUACCAAGCCCUUGAAUCCUCGUCGCUUUGUCCCAGAACCCUCUCGCGCAAAGCCUCCUGCUGCAGGACCAACCACCGCAAUAGGUCGUCCAGCUGCAGGCCCUAUCACCAGAGGUCGUGAUCCCACCAGUCGUCCUAUCGCCGAACCUGCCUCCACACAACCUCCUACCACACAGCCUUCUGCCAAAGUCGACACGCCGGCGAGGCCCUCGAGCACAAAGCCUUCCGAGCCCACCAGAGUCUCCUGCACGUAUGCCAAGUGCGGAAAGCAGUUCCCCAGCAAAAGAGACAUGGACAUUCACAAGAUCACCGAGCACGAGUACUGCGAGCGGUGCGACGAAGAUUUCCCGGAUGAAGAGCGCUUACUUCUCCACAAAAUCAUCAGCGUCAAGCACAUCGUGUGCCCCGUCUGCGGUCUGGAAUUUCGUAGCUCGGGUGGCCGGGACGUCCACAUUCGUCAGAACCAUCGAGCAGAACAGACCAUCGACUGUCGCGGCUGCACCAUGAGUUUCAAAUCCGCCAGCGCCCUGAUGCAGCACAUCGAGAGCAACGGCUGUCGCAGAAUCCCACGGGCUCGCCUGCUCCAGCAGCAGGAGACCCGUCUGAUGAUCGCCGAGAUCCUGGACGGUGACCGGCCCAUCCGGCCCGAGGAUCUCGACAACGACGACGGUGGUGUCAUGCUGGAUGGGACUCCGCUGAAGUCCCCCGUCAGCCCCAGAAGAAGUCCAAGAAACAAAACCCCCGACGCGAAAUCACCCACCAGCACUAAUCCCAGCCCCGGUGCAGAAACGUCGGUAAUGAACUCUCCCUGCCCGCUGCACCAGCAGCAGCAACAAAGUAUCCCGUCGUCCCCCUCCAACAAGACCGAGAAGAGCAUGGCGACCGCGAUGUCGCGACUCUCGCUGGACGACGCGGACCCCGACGCCAGCGAUAGUGCGCUCGUCCCGCUCCCCACAGCCACCGAGCUCGAGCACGACCAGACAAUGGAGUGGAGCCUCUUCGGCAAGCCAGUCGUCUCGGCCGGGGAGAUCCUCCGCGAGAUCACCCCGGGCUGGGACUCGAGCAAGUUCCUGAACAUGUGUCGUACGCGUUACGUGUGCCACUGUCGCGUGAGCUACAAGCGGGUGGAGGAUUUCGAGACGCAUAUCAUUGAGGAGAUGCGCGAUAGGAAACCACUGGGAUGCCCCCGAUGCUUCCGCAACUUCAAACGCUCGUCGGACCUGGUCGCGCACAUGGAGACCGGGAGCAAUCGCUGCAGCGUGGCUUCCGGGUCCGCCUACCACCAGGUUCUGGAUCAGUUGACCGGCGGGGUGGUCCGCGUCUCCGGCACGCUUCAGGAUGGCACUAUCAAGUAUGAAGCCGGCAACGUGGAACCGCUGUACGAGCCGGACAACGAGACCACUCUUGCUGGUAUCGAUACGAGCUACACGUUCAGAAGCCCCGUCUGGUGA